AUGUGUAACAACAAUCAUGGUAUUACAAAAAACGACAAAAGACUGUUAAUAUAUGAUGAUGAACAAUAUGGAGGAGCAAGUCUUGUUGCUAGAGACAGUAAUGAACACGAUGAAAAUAGUUGUUCUAGUAGUAGACAUUUAUUAAGACGUAACGGAGACAGAGGACAACCGUCUAACACUGGAGACAGUGGCGGCGGAAGAGGCUUUUUAAAUAAUCAUCAUUGUGGAUAUCCUUAUUAUCCACCACCGCCACCACAUCCAUGUCCACCAUCUCCAUGCCCACCACACUCAAGUCCACCACCAUCUUCAAGCCCACCGCCACCUAAAAGACCACCGCCUAAAGGACCGCCACUUUCAUGCGGAAAACAAGAACAGCCUAUAACAGUAUCAGCUGUUGCAAAGGUAUUAAUCUGA